ACCGAAGAACGAAGGAAGAAGGUGACGAAAAAGUGUUGCGUUCAGGAAUGGGUAAUCGCACCGGAAGGCUACUCAACAAACUUCUGUGCUGGCGCCUGCUCUAGCGACUCCCCCAUGCAUAGCAAGAUGAACGCAACGAAUCAUGCCAUUGUUCAGACUUUGGUCCACCUAGUAGACCCAAAACGUGCAGAAGAGGCAAAAUGUGCGCCUAUACAGUUGUCACCGACAAAAAUUCUUUUCAUCGACAACCACGGGAAUGUUGUCAUGAGAAGGUACCAAGACAUGACCGUGCAGGAAUGUGGAUGCUUGUGA